CAUGGAUACCUUUCUGAGAUGGUCUCACUUUGUGAUGUUUCUACACUUAAUUACUUGGACGACUGUGUCGGGUCAGAAGUAUUACAUCAAUCUGUACGGACCAAACUCGUAUGAAGGAACAAUAGAGUUAUCGGAUGGUUUGUCCUGGUUUAUUUUCCACCAACGAGGAUGGAACGACAAUAAUGCGGAAGUGACGUGUCGUAUGCUGGGGUAUUCUGGAGCGAAAGCGACAGCAACUUUCGGCUCCGUGCUGCAUACCCUUUCACGCCCUGUUUGGGAGUUUCAAUUCCAUUGUAAUGGUAAUGAAACAUCUCUGUCAGAAUGGUUUUUUUCAGUGGGGAAGGUGUUACUCUACUAA